CAAACACGCAGGGGUCCCGGGACAGUGAGGCUGAACUCUGCAGUGGGUCCCGGUCGGACUACAAAACGUGCAGGACGGCGCACAGUGAUGACGCCAUCAUCAACGGGGCAGCAACAAAAACAACAACAGUGCUCAGCUGUUAGUUAGCUAGCUAGCUGGCCUAGCUAGAGUACUAAACUUUUAUUUUUUAUAUAUAUAUAUAUAUAUUUCUUAUUUGGUAUCCAACUUCUGUUUGCGUCUAUUUCUUUUAGUGCGUGUUCAUUUAAACUCAGCCUUGCUGGACUCUUGACGGUACAACGAGUUUUUUCCGUGUUCAGCUCUCCGCGCUAGCUGCUAGCAGCAGGCUAGCUUUUUGCGACGGGAGUGUGUUUGUUCAGUCCAAAGACUUCACCAGGCCAAAUGUCUUAAUGAGGAUGCCAGACCACAAAACGUCCCGGUGGAGAAUCUGACUUCCACCAAUGACCACCAACAUUAUUUCUCCAUCUGUUGUCAUGUCACCACGGAAGAGAGCCCUGCUUCCUGUGAACAGUCGCAGGAAGGCAGCGGACGACUUCUUCCCUUUCAACUUCCUGCCGGUGGAGUGCCAGCUGCACGUCCUGUCCUUCCUCAAUGAGGUGGAUAAGUGCAGCUGCGCCCUGGUGUGCUCCAGCUGGAGCUGCCUGGUCCGCUCGUGGAAACUGUGGCGCGUGGCCGACUACUCCCGCCGCGGCGUCUUCCACCUGGGUCAGGAGGGGCUGCUCGUUUCCAACCGUGAGUUUGAGCGCUGGAAAGCUUGGGUUCACCAUUACACCCACCACCUCAUCUCCCGCCGGGCCAGCUUGCUCACCCUGAAGGCCAGCUUUGACCUGGGGGAUCGCUGCAACAAGUGGGGGGAGCUGCUGAGCGACCUGCUGGAUAACGUCCACUGCAGAGACCUCAGUCACCUGGACCUCAAUUGGACCUUCACCCUCUUGGAGCCUCUGGAUCUCCGGGUCCACUCCAGCUCCAGCUCGCACCGGGACAGCAUCACCAAGAUGGACCAGGUGGCCAGUUUCCAGGAGCUGCUGACCAAACUCACCCACAGCUGCCCUCGUAUCUCCAAGAUGCGGCUGCAUUUCGACUGGUCCGACGUCUCCGUGUCGCUCCUCACACAGUUCCAGCACCUGCGAGUCCUCGAGCUCAAGUACUUCUGGGUCUUCAAAGGCGUGACUCCCUCCACGCUGCAGACCAUGACCAAAUCCCUGCCCAACUUGAAGUCUCUGACGUUACACAUCCUGGUGCCGCUGAGGAACCUGGGCAUCUCCUACACUCUGGAGUCGCUCUCUCUGGAGUUCCUGGAUGUGUCGCCCAGCCGAGGCUUGGUCUUCUCCUGCCUGAACCUGCCCGCGUUGCGUGAGCUCCGGGCCAAGAAGAUCGUCCGCGGCAUCACGCUGGACAGGAGGACCAGGCUGAGGAUUCAGAGCCGAUGGCCGUGCCUCUAUCACGUCCUCCGGGACGGGACGCCGAAGCUCCAGGCCCUCAACAAUGAGAGACUCCUUCCCACCUGGAGAGAAGAGAGCUAUGGGGAGCUGUCUGCCAUCCUGGAGCAGUCCUGUUACUGUGUGCAGCAUCUAGACAGCUGGCUGUGGUAGUCUGCUGUUCGGCACAUGGCUGGGCUGUGGCUGGUAGAUGUCAGAACAGAGCAGCUCAUUGCUUUCACAUGCAUCGGAUUGUGUCCCCCGUCAAAAUAAGGGCGUUUUCACACAUGUAGUCUGGCUUGCUGUGGUUUGAGUCUGUAGAAUAGUUGAUUAUUUGUUUAUUAUUCAUUUGGUUCAAAUUGGUUUCACACAGCAAAACACAGCAAAAUACACAGUGCUUCCUGUAGUUGGGUCAAAUCUAGGUUGGUUCACUUUCACACCAUAAAUGAAUUGUACCAAGAGAGACAACCUCCUCAGCGAGCUCUUGGCUCAGUUGUUUUGCUGCGACCCAAGUCCAGUUGCUGGCUUCACCCCUGUCCACACAAACUGUACCAGCGUUUGAGUCGAUCAGACCAAACAAGGCAGGUCUGAAAACGCCCUAAAUAAGUGUUGACUGAGAGGGAUGCAAAAUAGUGGCUGAUAGGAAAGAUGAUAUGACCUGAAAGCAAAAGACUGCGUUGGACCACUCAUUACCAGCAGUGGCCACGAUGAUGACACACAGCCUGUUUUCAUUUUGUUUCCAACACACAGAGCACCAGUCGCUGUGCUUCAUGCUGAUUGCACUGUGCUGUGCUAAACUAGACUCAUACUCACUUAAGCUCUGUGCUGGAUAGAGGACAAUGUAAAAGGACUAUACCAGUGUUUUUUUUAUGUUUGGCCCAUUUUCAAAUGUGAGUUUGUGGUUGAAGCAGUCACCUUAUAAUGUUCUGCUCCUGCAGCUAACAAAGUCCUCGGCAUUCAGAAACCACAC